GCAUUGAACUGUGUAGAUCUCCUGUUGGGUCCCAGCCUUUGGGGCCAGCCCCGCGGCCCUGGGGGUGGAGCCCACGUCCGGAGGCCGGGGUUGAUAAGCCCGCCCGGUCUCCGGGACUCCGGACUCGCCCCUUGUUUGUAGCCCGAGCCGGAGACCGGAGCCAGGCCUUGGGUAUCUCCAAGGAGGUCGCCCAUCCAGCCGUGCCAUGGCAGCGCCGUCCAGGCUCCUGAUCCGCGGGGGUCGCGUGGUCAACGCCGACUCCUCGCAGGUGGCGUACGUGCUGGUGGAGGACGGCGUGGUGCGGGCGCUGGGGCGCGACCUGCUGCCGCCCGGGGGCGCGCCCGCGGGGCUGCGGGUCCUGGACGCCGCGGACAAGCUGGUCCUGCCCGGCGGCAUCGACACCCACACGCACAUGCAGUUCCCGUUCAUGGGCACGAGGGCCGUCGAUGACUUCCUGCAGGGCACCAAGGCGGCCCUGGCGGGAGGCACCACCAUGAUCAUCGAUUUUGCCAUUCCUCAGAAAGGCGGCUCCCUCCUCACAGCCUUCGAGACCUGGCGGAGCUGGGCGGACCCCACGGUCUGCUGCGACUACAGCCUGCACGUGGCCGUGACCUGGUGGAGCGACCAGGUGAAAGAAGAAAUGAAAAUCCUUACCCGAGAUAAAGGUGUGAACUCCUUCAAGAUGUUCAUGGCCUAUAAGGACGUGUACAUGGUGAGGGACGCGGAGCUGUACGCGGCCUUCUCUCGGUGCAAGGAAAUCGGAGCGAUUGCGCAGGUCCACGCGGAGAACGGAGACCUGAUCGCGGAGGGAGCAAAGAAGAUGCUGGCUUUGGGGAUCACAGGCCCCGAGGGCCAUGAGCUGUGCCGCCCAGAAGCCGUGGAGGCAGAGGCCACGCUGAGGGCCAUCACCAUCGCCAGCGCCGUCAACUGCCCCCUGUACAUCGUGCACGUGAUGAGCAAGUCUGCAGCAAAGGUGAUCGCGGAUGCCAGGAGAGAUGGGAAGGUGGUGUAUGGAGAACCCAUAGCCGCAAGUCUGGGCACAGAUGGCACUCACUACUGGAAUAAAGAAUGGCACCACGCAGCCCACUACGUUAUGGGGCCCCCCUUGAGGCCAGACCCUUCAACUCCUGACUACCUCAUGAAUCUAUUGGCUAAUGGUGAUCUGACCACGACGGGGACUGACAACUGCACGUUCAACACCUGCCAGAAAGCUCUCGGGAAGGAUGAUUUUACUAAGAUUCCCAACGGGGUGAACGGCGUUGAGGACCGGAUGUCAAUCAUAUGGGAAAAGGGCGUGCACAGCGGCAAAAUGGAUGAAAACCGAUUCGUGGCGGUUACCAGCACAAACGCAGCUAAGAUCUUUAAUCUCUAUCCAAGGAAAGGGAGAAUAGCUGUGGGAUCAGAUGCUGACAUUUUUGUGAUCUGGGACCCAAAAGCCACAAGGACUAUCUCGGCAAAAACUCACCAUCAGGCUGUGAACUUCAACAUCUUCGAGGGCAUGGUGUGCCACGGGGUGCCCCUCGUGACCAUUUCCAGGGGCAAAGUAGUAUAUGAAGCGGGAGUUUUCCAUGUCACAGCAGGAGACGGGAAGUAUAUUCCUCGCAAACCAUUUGCUGAGUACGUUUACCAAAGGAUCAAGCAGCGGGACCAGACUUGCACACCUACCCCCGUGGAGCGUGAACCCUAUAAGGGAGACGUUGUCCUCCUGAUAGACACAGAAGACUCCACUGCUGGGACCAGGAAACAGACCUACCCCUCACUGUGUGCUGUUGGUAAGGGACGGUGGACAAGGAAAUUAUUCCAACAUGACAACAUCUGAAAUUAGCAUCUCUCUCUCCAUGGCCAUUUGAAGAGUUCAUGGUCAAGGUCAAAGGCUUCAAAGGGACAUGAGACUCAAGGACAGUUUAGCCAAAGGAAGAAUGAUAAAAGACCUCUUGACGCAGAACACUGAGAUGAGCCUCCAGAUUGAAGGAGACCUUGGGCCAGCUAGAGAUUUAUUCUCUGAGAUGUUAGGAAGUAGUCACCAGAGCCAUGGUAAAGCCAAUGUGAGCAAGAAGCGGUAGCUGGUGACACAGUAGACCUGUCAUUGAGGAAAGUUGGCACCACUUAAAACAGGGAGGACAAUUUCAUGGUCAAAGUUUAUAAUUUGAUUUAAGACUUUAUCUGGAAAGAUAAAUCUUCGUAUUGUGAAGGCAAAUAUAUUCUAGAACUUAAAGUGAAUGAAAAAUGAAUCAUGUGGCUUUUGGGGGUAUAAUUUUUCAGGAAAAUUAUUUGAUAGUAUGUGAUAUAUUUUAUUUCACAUGUAAUUUUUGGAAUAAUAUUAUAGAUAUGGUCAAUUUUUGAAAAAAAAAUUUUAGUGCUUCAUCAAUUUUCCUCUUAGUAUUUUGACAUCCGGAACUUUCUUUUUUAAAGUAUCUUGCACAUUUUCUUUCUCUCUCUCUCUCUCUUUUUAGUAGUUUUCUGGUCUUGCAAAGCCAAAUAUCUAUUUGACAGUGGCUUUGCUGUGACUUAAGCAUCUCUCUAACGUAUCUUCCACUGACUUCAUGAAAUCUACACAUUUUCUCAGUUUUGCAAUUUCACUAGACUAAAUUGUUAAAGCUUGUGAUACAUUUUCAGAUGUUUCAGAACAGCGCAGUCUUCAAAACUCUUACAUAAAA